AUGCCAUGAAGUACACUAUUGUGGUGUCUGCUACAGCAUCUGAUGCAGCACCCCUUCAGUAUCUGGCUCCCUAUUCAGGCUGCUCCAUGGGGGAAUACUUCAGAGACAACGGAAAACAUGCGUUAAUCAUCUAUGACGACUUAUCCAAACAGGCUGUUGCCUAUCGUCAGAUGUCUCUACUGCUGCGUCGUCCACCCGGUCGUGAAGCCUACCCAGGUGAUGUGUUCUACCUGCACUCUCGCCUGCUGGAGAGAGCAGCCAAAAUGAAUGAUUCCUUUGGAGGUGGCUCUCUGACUGCCUUGCCUGUCAUUGAAACUCAGGCUGGUGAUGUGUCUGCUUACAUUCCAACCAAUGUCAUCUCCAUCACUGACGGUCAGAUUUUCUUGGAAACUGAGUUGUUCUACAAAGGUAUCCGUCCAGCUAUCAACGUUGGUCUGUCCGUGUCCCGUGUAGGUUCUGCUGCUCAGACCAGGGCUAUGAAACAGGUGGCAGGUACCAUGAAGCUGGAAUUGGCUCAGUAUCGUGAAGUCGCUGCCUUCGCUCAGUUUGGGUCUGAUCUGGAUGCUGCCACACAACAGCUGUUGAACCGUGGUGUACGUCUGACAGAGCUCCUCAAACAAGGGCAGUAUGUUCCCAUGGCUAUUGAGGAGCAGGUUGCAGUCAUCUAUGCUGGUGUAAGAGGUCACUUGGACAAGCUGGAGCCCAGCAAAAUCACUAAAUUUGAGAGUGCUUUCCUAGCACAUGUCCUGAGCCAGCACCAGGCCCUCCUCGCCACAAUCAGGACGGAAGGGAAGAUCUCUGACCAGACAGAAGCUAAGUUGAAGGAAAUAGUCACAAGUUUCUUGGCUACUUUUGAGGCAUAAGCUCUUAAAACUGUUCACGCAGACCAGGCUGUUGUGAUCCCGUGCUCCAGCUCCAUCAAAGACUUAAAAAGUAUGUACGACUUGAAUGUACAGAUCUCAAUGAGAAUAAAAGUUUCUGUGUAAAAAGGC